AUUAAACUCCAUUCUUGAUCAUUUAAGGUUUAUACGAUCAACUAUUUGAAUAGCUCAUCUAUUUUGAAUAUUAAUUAAUACGUGGUUUAUCCAUUAUCGUCAUAUUAUGGCCUAUCACAGGAAAUAUAAUCAGUAUGUUCUUUUGAUGAGAGGAUGUAAACAACACAGAGGAUAGAGUUUCGAAAGAGUAACCUUAAUCUGAUUGAUAACCGGGGUACAAACAAAUAUAAACUGCCAUUAAAAUUAUGAAUAAAAUGUGCUGGAAUUUAAGUGGUCGGAUAAGGAUAAGUAAAUAUUAAGUUACUCAAAAUAGAUUCGUAAGGUUGUGCAAAAACUGUUCACAUGAAUAGCGGAGCAUAUGUCGGUGAAAAUAUCAAAUAGGCUGACAAAGACAUAAUUGUUAUAAACAGCGGAUAAAUUCAAAAUAGCUUAUGAUUGGGAAACUACAAAAGAGCAAAGGAAUAUCUGAAGAGAAUAUUUUAAACACGGAUAUCUAUAAAAAAGAGAGAGAGAGAGAGAGAGAUCUAUAUCAGUGUUACUGUCAUACAAUAAAUGGUAAUUCAUUGGAAUAACCGAAAGAAUAAUUAUAGCUUCAACCUUCGAAUUAAUGAGCAUUUAAUUUUGUGUGGGGGAAAACUGGAAUUCAAUAUAUAGGAGUCCAGUAUAAGAUUAAUUAUGAUUAUUGAGUCCUGAAUUGUUGGCAUUUAUGAUUACUUACUUCAAUGUAUCGGAACACAUGAGCGGUAGAAAAAUGAUUGGAGUACAAUAGGUACUAAAAACAGCUUAAUAUGGGAUGAAAGGGGAGUUUAAAAGACAAAAUAAAUAUUAGUAAAUAUUUGUAUGUGGUAAGACGGGUGAUUACUGUAAACGGAGGAAAACAACUGAAACCAGCCGGAUUAAAUCAAAGUAAAAGGCAAGUUGAAAGUAAGUUAGAUCUUUGUAUUAAAUAUUUGUUCCAUUGGACUAUGUGGUAACCUACGUCGAUCAAACCAGACUGCAAGUGGAAUAUUCUUGAAAGCUUAGAUACAUUUGAAGUAUAGAGAGUGUAGGUUAGUUGUCCCAUAUUUCGAAAGGUUUCUAUGUCAAGAGAACACAAAUAAAAUCUACUUUACUGUGUGGCGGGAACUGUCUUGGGUUCUAGAAGGUAUAUAUCAAGUACAGAUACGUGUUUAGUAUCAACUUGAACAGAGAACUAAAAGAGGAAAUAACCGCGAUGUGGCACGAUGAAUAUUUGGUUGGUGGAUCUCAAUCCAACGGCGAGGUUUUGCCCGAGGAGGCGGAGGAGUAUGUGGAAAAGGACGAUUCGAGGCCGUUCUUCCAAAGAAAACCUUACGAGGUCGGUAUCUACAUCAGCGUGUACGAUGCAAAGGCAACGGACACAAACGAAGUAGGUCUUGAGCACUACUUUCUUAUGCACACCACGGAACUUCUGUACGAGGAGUUUUGUAAGGUCGGCACCGUCAACAUUCGGGCUAGGUUUGAAGCAAAGAAAAUCCUAAAUGACAUGUACAUUGAGAGAUUUGAGACAGGUAUCGUAAUGGCAGUUGGAUUCGAAAUGGUGAAAGAACUCGAUGAUUUAUGGGAUUUUUACAGACAGGAGAAACUAACACCACUUAUACACGAGGUAUUGAUUACGUCAUCAGCUCUUAAAGCGGCUGAAGUCAAAUCCGUCCGACUGGUGACCAAGCUGUGGGAAGACGAAUAUGAGGUUUGCAAGGAGGAGUUGGAGCACAAAACAAACAGGAGGGUGGAUAUUGUUGACAGACCAUACGAUAUAAAACUUGUCAGAAGACUGAAAAAAUAUCAAGAUGUUCUUGCAAGGGAGCUUUCCAAGAUGCGAGACUUGGACAACGAGAUGGAACUUAACCGUGACCAGUUUAUGAACUGCGUGCGCAACACAUUGUCUAACACACAAAACUCCAUCAAAACACUACAACAAUACAAAGACAUUGCAGCAUCACCUAAGGCAAGAAAAAUGUUUCACAAGGACCUGUUGGACUUGUACUUUACUAUUAUUGAAAAGUGGAGAAUGUAUUACAAAAUAUUUGAGGUAGAAAUCGUCACACCUUUGUUGCAAAUCCAUACAAUUUGCGAAAAUGAAAAGCAAACAGAAAUCAGGAGGAAAAUCAUCGCAAUGGUACGAGAAAUGCAACAGAUGCUUGAACCGAAUUAUGACCUUCAGACAGUUUCUCAUCCAGAGAUGGCAAAGAAGAUUAUACGACGAGAGGUCCCAGUGUUCUUGGGCCUGCUAAGUCUUGUUCCGAUGGGGGUGGACCGGGUUGCAGAUAUUGAUAUCAUGAUUGAUGAAUAUUCAAGGGAGUUUAGGAUGGACUUUAUUAAGGAGUAGAGUACCUGUUCAAGGUGAUUGUUAAAUUCAAAAUAUAAUUAAUCUACAAAUGACCUUUUACAAAUCAUGCAUUUGAUUUAGCAUUUUAAAGUGUAUUUAUUGACCUUUAUGUACUUUUUCAAGACUUGUUUAAUACAUGUUAAGGAGUAAAGUACCGGUUCAAUGUGUUUUAUUCAAGAUAGAAUUUGUUCACAAAUGGCUUUUAACAAACUAUGCAUUUGAUUUAGCAUUAUAUAGUUUGACCGUUUUUACUUUUCAAGGCUUGUUGCAAACAUGUAUUAAAGUAUAUCUAUUACGUAAUUGACCUCGUUUAAGAUUAACCAGUUGAAUCAUAUCCACUGCAUCCUCGUUUAAUGUGUUUGCUAAGCCAAUCUUGGUUACUACUAUAACAUUUAAUGGUUACAUUACAAAGGGAAUGCCCCUUAUCAAUUCUAUAAACUCGACUUAGAAAAGAUGUGGAAUAAGUCUUAUUGGGACCAGGUGUUCAAUAUGUUAAUAGCGGUACACAUACUGUCUUGCAAAAUAGCAAGCGUUCAAAGAGACACGGAAGAGUGUCCGCCUGCAAAACGAUCGUCGACGGAUGAACCAAGCAAUAUGUGCAGAUCGUUACAUUGCUUCCUACGGAAAUAACGCACGCUGAACGAUUAGGUCGCUUCGGCAGUGUAACCAAGUAUUCGAUUUGUUUAUGGCGGCAGUUAAUUUGGCUGGCAAUAUAGCUAGCUUUUAAAGCGACGCGGUAGUGUCCACUCGCAGAGCGGGACCUCGUGGUUUCAAUGUCCGAAAGUUGCAUAUAUAAAUAAGUGUACUACGUUACAUAAUGAUUAGACGGUUACAUGGAUGUACCAUUUUGAUUGGGAACUAAUCCAAAAUCAUUAAUUUGUUAAACUUCAACUGCUCAUACAAUCUGUUCCAUUUCUAUUAUCAACCCUGUGUUUGAAUAGGCGUCCGGUAUUGUCUGUUAUAGGGUGCAUUGACAUCAGUUGUGU